UCUCCUUUGGGGCCCUGCAAUCCUUCCUCCUGUUCUUCCAUCAGACUCAAAUAAUUUCUAACACUUCCUGUGCUCACCUGCUCCCAAACAGGAUUCCUUAAAAAAAUAAAAGUCACGUAUAUUGAAGUUGAUGUUCAUUUUUUACUAUAAUCUUAAAUAAUUACAAAAGACCUCUGUGUGGUUUUCCUAAACAAAACUCUACACAUCCAUCUUUCUUCCUUCCUUCUUCCUGCCUUCCUUCUUCCUUCUUCCUUCCUUCUUCCUGCCUUCCUUUUUCCUGCCUUCCUUCUUCCUGCCUUCUUCCUUCCUUCUUCCUUCCUUCCUUCUUCCUGCCUUCCUUCUUCCUGCCUUCCUUCUUCCUGCCUUCUUCCUUCCUCCCUUCUUCCUUCUUCCUCCCUUCUUCCUUCUUCCUUCCUUCUUCCUUCUUCCUGCUUCCUUCCUUCCUUCUUCCUUCUUCCUUCCUUCUUCCUCCUUCCUUCCUUCCUUCUUCCUUCUUCCUUCCUUCCUUCUUCCUCCCUUCCUUUCUUUGUUUCUUCCUUCCUUUCUUUGUUUCUUUCUCUCUCUUUCUUUCUUUCUUUCUUUCUUUCUUUCUUUCUUUCUUUCUUUCUUUCUUCCUUUCUUCCUUUCUUCCUUUCUUUCCUCUCCUUGGGACUAGAUCUCACUAUGUAACCCUCUGAGACUCACUCUACAUGCCAGACUGGCCUUGAACUCACAGAUAUUCACUUGCAUCCCCCCACUCCGUCAAGGGUUGAGAUUAAUGGUGUGUGUUACAACAUCCAUGGGUAUUCUUCUAAAGGCCAAACAAAAUUAUAUGUCAAAUAAUUUGGCUAACAUCUCUCUCUAAAGGCACGAAGUCUUUUUUUUUUUAACAAUUGGGAAAUUUUGCAUUACUUUUCUAUCUCACUAAGUUUCUGUUUUUACUCCAUUUCCUUCAUCGACUUUUCUCAUAGUUCAAAACUCGCUCCCAUAUCUUUAAGUUUUCAUUAUUUGUAUACAGUGAAAAUUGUAUAUAUUAAAAUUAUUUCUCUUCUUUGCUAUAGAUUCUAUUGAAUAAACAUUCUAAAGACUGACAUAUACUAUGCUUACAAUACAUGUAUUUUUAAUUUGUAAUUGAUUUGGAAGAUAAAUACAAAGUUACGUAUUUGAAUAUUAAAUAAUAGAGUGCUAGUUAAAAGUGCACUUGUCAACGAGAUUCAUGGUAUUUAAUUAGUUAAUAGAUACACAUUAUCUAUAGCUACAACAAAACAACAUUCCGAGAAAGUACAUACAUAAAAAAGGAAACUCUAUAUAAAUAAAUGGAAAGAUUUUUUUUUAAUAGAAAUUCUAUGUUCUUACUUAAACAACCUUAUUUUUUCUUGUUUUCUUUUUCUUAUUCCGGACAAGGUUUCUCCGAGUAGCCCUGGCUGUCCUGGAACUCAUUCUGUAAACCAGGCUGGCCUUGAACUCACAGUGAUCUACCUGUUCCUUUCUCCUAAGUGCUUGGAUUAAAAGAGCGCACCAUCACUCUGGCUAGUUGAACAACUUCUAAAGUCAUAGAUGAAGAAUUGUUGCUGGUUGUAAGUUAGUUUUUAGGUAACCUAGCUUUUGGCUGCUUGGUUCCUUCCUUCCACUUUGUUGGGAAACUGAGUUGGAAUUUAUCCAACUGGCUAAAUCAUUUGUUGCCCAGGUGUCCAGCUAUUUACAUUCUCAUGUUCCAAGGUUUACCUAAACCCAUCCCGUUGGUAUUAAAGAAAUCCAUUCCUGCAUUAGAGUUGGCUGAGUGGUUAAGGUCACUUGUUGCUGUUGCUGUUGUAAAGGACCCAGGUUCGAUUCCCAGCACCAGCAGGGAGGCUCACCACCUCCUCAAGCGACAAUACAUGUGGUGCACACACACAUGAAGCCAAAACACUCAUACACAUAAACUAGUAAAAAUAAAUCUUAAGGGCUGGGGAUUUAGCUCAGUGGUAGAGUGCUUACCUAGGAAGCGCAAGGCCCUGGGUUCGGUCCCCAGCUCCGAAAAAAAAGAAACCAAAAAAAAAAAAAAAUAAAAUAAAAUAAAUCUUAAAAAGUAAAGAAAACCUUUCUAAACUUCUUCAGCACAGCAGACUCAGAAAGGCUCAAAGUUAAAAUAUUGUUGACCUCUUAAAACUUUCCGAUAGAAAUGUACUUUGAUAAACAUUUUAACAUCUUUCUGUGUACUUUUGACUUGCUUUUGUCAAAACCGGACUCUAAAAUUCUAUUUACAAACCAGCUAUCAGACAAGUUCCUUUUCUUGUGAAACUGCAAGGAAAGUCUUUAUUUGGACUAGGGCAGAAUGGAGUCAUCCAAGAGUGAAAGAAGAGACCGCCAAUGAGAAAUCAGGAACAUGACGACACUGUUUUGAUGUUAUCAAAAGACAAGCUCUCCGUGUCUCCUUUCGGUGCUCUACCUCGGAGUUAGAGCGCAGUGGGGAACGAGGUGUCGCAGAGGCACGUGGGUCAACAUGUUUAUUUGCACUGGAGACCAAGCUGGGGUUUUCCUGGUGGACGGUGCCAGACGAAGUAACACAACUCCCAGAAUACCUUUCCCGCAGCAGUCCCUAACGGGGCGUGUCUCGUGGUGGCGUUACACAAGCUCGUUCUGAUGAAGGAAGGGCUUUUCUUUUCAGAGUCCCGUUUCCUGGAACAGAAGCUGUUGAGGAGAAACGCUGUGUUUCCGGGAGGUUGCACCGGAAUUAAGGAUCUCCCAGUCAGGCCGCUGCUCUCUGGUGUCUCUCUCUCCCCUGCUCUGGCAUAAAAACAUGCAUACAUUUGGGUCCGAGAAAACCUGACUCCUUUCCUCAAUCAGUCACAGCCUCUGAUGUCCCAGGACAGUGUCACUAAGCAAUAUGCUUCUGGGGAGACCAUGCUCGUUUGCUUGUAUGGAUAGCUUUGAAGUAUAUGGUACCUCAGCCUUCAAGGGCCUUCUCUAUUGAGAAUCAAUGCCUCUCCUAGGUAAUUGAUCACCAUAGACCCGGGGAGACUCGAUUCAUCCUGGACGGUGGUUAAUCGUCAUGAAUAAUCAAGACGCUGUGGCUUCCAUACUGCACGAGUGCAAGCAAGUGCUGGACCGUCUCUUGUUGGAAACGCCAGAUGUGUCUACAGAGGACAAGGGUGAGGACCAGCGGUGCAGAGCCUCACUCUCCGGCGAGUUAAGGACCCUGAUCCAGGAGGCGAAGGAAAUGAAGUGGCCCUUCGUGCCUGAAAAGUGGCAGUACAAACAAGCCAUGAGCCCAGAGGACAAAACAAACCUGCAGGACGUGAUUGGCGCCGGGCUGCAGCAGUUACUGAAAAUAAAUGUUGCCACUAAGAUGAGACCCACUAUGACUGGUGAAGAAAGAGCAGGGACCACAUCUGGAAAGUGGCCUGCCCCUAAAACAUGGGUUUUGGGGGACUACUUCAACUGCCUGAAGCAAAUGGACUUCAAAGAGAAGGGGCAGAACAUGUGCUGGAGUGCUAUGUCAGAGAACAUCAUCUCUAAGGCGGCCUUGCGAGCCUCCAUCCUUGUCCAGGACUGCGCUGCCGCCGCCGCUAUUGUCUUCUUGAUGGACCGGUUCCUGUACGGACUCGACGUCUCGGGAAAACUCCUGCAGGUCGCCAAAGGCUUGCACAAGCUGCAGCCCGCGACGCCCAUCGCCCCGCAGGUGGUCAUCCGCCAAGCCCGGGUCUCUGUCAACUCAGGGAAACUGUUGAAGGCAGAGUACAUCCUGAGCAGCCUGAUAUGCAACAGCGGUGCAACUGGUACCUGGCUCUAUAGGAAUGAGAGUGACAAGGUCCUGGUACAGUCGGUGUGCAUACAGAUCAGAGGGCAAAUUCUGCAGAAGCUAGGCAUGUGGUAUGAAGCGGCAGAGUUGAUAUGGGCCUCCGUCAUAGGAUAUUUGUCACUCCCUCAGCCAGAUAAGAAGGGCAUUUCCACGUCAUUGGGCAUACUGGCGGACAUCUUUGUGUCUAUGAGCAAAACUGAUUAUGAGAAGUUUAAGAAGAGCCCAAAGGUUAACUUGGCCUUGCUCAAGGAGUUCGACCAUCGUUUAUUGUCAGCUGCGGAAGCCUGCAAACUGGCAGCUGCCUUCAGUGCCUACACGCCCCUGUUCGUGCUCACAGCUGUGAACAUCCGUGGAACAUGUCUAUUGUCAUACAGUUGUUCUGCUGACUGCCCUCCAGGAAUGAAAAGUGCGUAUCUGCGUGAAGCCAAAGAAGCCUUUGAGAUUGGCCUCCUCACCAAGAAAGACGGCGAGCUGGUUAGUGGAAAGCAGGAGCUACACAGCUUCAUCAAAGCUGCCUUUGGCCUCGCCACGGUGCACUGCAGGCUCCAUGGGGAGACAGAUGCAGUCCGUGCAGCAAAGCAGCAGUGCAGCGCAGCUAUGGGCAAGCUCUACACCUUCAGCACUUCCCUCUCGAGCCAGGACAGAGAAGUCCUGUCUCGGGAAAUCAUGUCCCUCAUCAGCCAGGUGAAGGGACAUCUACACGUUCAAAGCUUCCCAAAUGCAGAUGAUAGAUCUUAUGUCCCAGAGAGUUUCACGUGUGGUUUAGAUAGGCCCAUCUUGCAUGGGCACGUGGAUUUCCAACAGCUUCUCGAAACCUACUCCCAGCACCAUACUUCAGUGUGCGAGGUAUUUGAAAGCACGUGUAGGAACAGCAGAGGCCACCAGAGAGACGCAAAGGCAGAGGUCUGUAUCACCACUCUGAAGACGGAAACAAGCACUAUAGAUACUGUGGGGGUUACUCUAGAGAAAGUGUGCUCCCAAGACAGCGGGAGUACAGCUUAUUCCAAGAUGUCUGAGAAAGAUUGGGAGAAGCUCCAAAGAGUAAGGAGGAGAAACUGGACCCAUUCCGAGGCGUUUCGAGUCUCCCUGGAUCAAGAUACGGGGACGGAGACUGAGCUACCAAACCACAGCAAUGGCAGGGCAGAUGUCUCCAGCAAGCCUCUGAGAGACAGCUCUAGCUCGAGUUCUUGGAGCAGACUGUCAGGGCUCAGCUCUUCCGCAAGCUGGGAGGAAGUGAACGGUGCUGUUCAGGAUACAGAAAGGAAAGAGUCUAGCCAAGAGGAACAUCUUGUGGACACUCAAUGCUCCACAGCAGUGUCUGAGGAACCCGAGGGGGACAGACGUAUAUGUAGAGAGACGUAUUUGCUGUUUUCCAAGCUCCACGGUGUCUCUCUUCAGACGACCGAAGAUCACAAUGCAGAGUCUUCACAAAGUCAGUUACACACACCCGCCCUUCCUCUCAACUCGACGACCACUUGUUUGGCCUCAGAUGCAGGGCUCUUAGAACCCCCUGAAGGAUCCAACACUACUUCUCUUCAGUCCAGUCCUUCAUGUGGUUCUGAUGCCUGGUCCUUGGCUAGUUUGGGCAGGUUCACAGCUGUGACCACAUAUCCUUCAGUUCAGGAAGAAGAAACUUCUGGAAUAAUUGGUGAUUUCCCAGAAUCCAAGUAUGACUUCAAAGACUGGAGUGGAGAAAAGAAUGAGGGAAAACUCACUGAAAUAUGCACGGGGCCUGAAUUAACGUUUGCCUCCUCCUCGGUAGACCCAGAAGGAGACACGGCAGAAAGCACAGAUGAUGGCCCAUCACACUCUCUGGUAGUCCCAGGAGGUUUACAAGGCAGCCAUUCAAUGUCUACGCAUCGGACUUCCUUUUCAGAUUGGUCUGUUCAAAAUGCUGACUCAGCAAAGAUUGGCUGCUCCGUCAAAGACGAAGCUGUGGACCCUGAUGCUUCUACGGUGGAUGAGGAGGGCCAAAUGCUUGACAGCACAGAGGUCUACUCCAUUGGCCAAGAUGGCGCUCACAGACCACGUGCUUUAAGGUCCGGUCAGAGUGAUGAGAGUCCAAAGUCCUUUGUAAAUGGCCACGGUCCCUCCCCUAUCUUCGAUGAGGACUUCAGCACCACAGAGGAAGGAGAGGAACUUGGGAGCAUGCUGAAGAGUAGCCAGAACUCCAGCUCAUGCUCGCCGUGGUGGCUAAAAUCACCCGCCUUUUCCCGCAGUUCGUCUGAGGGGGAAAGCUCCUGGUCUCUGCUGAACUCUAGCCGAAGUUCCUUUGGCUCACUGACAGGACAGACCAGCCAAGAGAUCCUUGAGGCUCGCACCCUGCAGCCUGAUGACCUUGAAAAGCUUCUAGCAGGGGUGAGGCAUGAUUGGCUGCUUCAGAGACUGGAGAAUACAGGAGUUUUGAAGUCCAAUCAACUCCAACAAGCACACAGUGCCCUCCUGCUAAAAUAUUCCAAAAAGUCUGAGUUGUGGACGGCCCAGGAAACGGUGGUAUAUCUGGGAGACUACCUGAAAGUGAAGAAGAAGGGCAAGCAGAGAAAUGCAUUCUGGGUCCACUAUCUCCAUCAAGAGGAAACCCUGGGGAGAUACGUUGGGAAAGAAUAUAAAGAGCGGAAGGGGCUCCGGUACCACCUCACAGAUGUGGAGCGGCAGAUGACAGCGCAGCACUACGUGACAGAGUUUAACAAGAGACUCUACGAGCAAAAGAUCCCAACGCAGAUAUUCUACAUCCCGUCCACAAUAUUGCUGAUUUUGGAAGGCAGGACUAUAAAGGGGUGCAUCAGUGUGGAGCCUUACAUCCUGGGAGAAUUCGUCAAGUUAUCAAAUAACACCAAAGUCGUCAAGACCGAGUACAAAGCUACAGAAUACGGCUUGGCCUACGGCCAUUUUUCUUACGAGUUUUCUAACCACAGACAUGUUGUGGUUGAUUUACAAGGUUGGGUGACUGGUAAUGGAAAAGGCCUCAUCUAUCUCACAGAUCCUCAGAUUCACUCUGUAGAUCAGAGAGACGUCACUACAAACUUUGGAAAGCGGGGCAUAUUUUACUUCUUUAAUAACCAACAUGCAAGCUGUAAUGAAAUAUGCCAUCGUCUUUCUCUGACGAGACCUUCACUAGAGCAAACAAGUAAGAUAUAGGCAGUGGGUUGGGAGCCUAGCAUCAAAUCUGCCUCCUUCCAGGAAUACAAAGCGAGGCAAGUGUUGACGUAUUGAUCAGUUGGGCCAAUGGAUGAUUCCAGCUAUUGACUUAUGAGAGGAAUACACAAGUGUUGAUUUCAGGCCUACACUUGCUUGCCAGGACAAGAUCCUGUAGACCUGUUCCCUCUGACACAGGGGCAUGUCUGGAGGCUGUCCUAGGCCUCACAGUUGUAUAUGAUGUUCAGGGUCCUGAGUUGCAUGAGGACAACAUGGAAAAGGUCUCCAACCAACCCACAAUGGAUGCAAACUUGAGCUGGAAACAAACUGCUGUCAUUAAGCCAUUGUGAUUUCUGUUUGUUUUGUUGUUGCUUUGUGGGUUGGUUCUGGUUGGGUUGGGUUUUUGGUCUGUUUGGAGAGUUUUGUUUUUUUUUUUUAAUCUGUUAAAACUGAUACUGUUGCUGCUUUCUUAUUAACCAAAGAGUUCUUUGUAAAUUUAAAACAUCCAGGCUCCUGAAAAGAUUUCAAUUGUCGUUUCCCUUUUAAUAUUUGCCAUUUUGUAAAACUGUUGUCCAUACAGACUGUUCUUUUGACUGAGAUGACUUCUUCACCUUUAUUUCAUGCUUGUGUGUGAUACCAGAUAUUUCUGUGUUCUGGGUUUCUUUCUGGUUCUCCCAUGUUUUCUUCUAGUAUUUCUAUCUAUGAAAGGUGCGAUGGAAGAGUGGUCACAUACCACAGGGUCACCACAGCCUAUUGCUUUCCCCAUACAUCUUCUUCACACAAGAUUGGUAAUUCCUUCUGCUGAAAGAAUUGUAUUAAUGCUCAGUGGUACCACCACAUUUAAGGUGUGUCGCCUCACCUGGGUUAACACAAUGUAGGAAUUCCCUCAUAUACAGGCUUGGAGCUUUGUCUCCUAGAUAUUUCUAUGUCUUGUCAAACUGACUAUCAAUACCCACCAUCACGUACUGUGCUAAGGAAGUCCAGGAUAAGGGGUGGUCAUCAAGGGUUGCAAUGGAGUUUGUGUAGAAGGAUGGACAGAGAAUUGUAUAUCCUAGAAUGAAGACGAAGCAGAGGAAGCAAGAGUGACAGACUGGAGGGAUGUGACAGCCAAAAAUGCCGAGGAAGGGAGAGUGAACAAGUGGAAAAAGGAAAAUGGACAGCCACUAAGAAAAGAGAAGCAUUGGAUGACAUCACAGGGCAGGGAGGGUGAGAAGGUCGCACACCAAAACUACAACCCUUAUUGGAACAGAAAAACAGCUGCCAGCAGAAUGGGCAGGGCCCCAGGGCUGGAAGUGCUCCCAAGGGCUCUGAGUAUAUCACUUUCUAGGAUCCCGGGGCCCCACUCCUUCCUCACUGGGCCUGGGCCAGGUUAUCUUCCCUUGCAUGAGAAGACUUUGCAUCAGCUGCAACGCCUUGGGUCCUGAGGGGUGUACAUGUGGAGAGCAGCUCUGGGAGCACCAAGCAGCCCCUUUCAAUUUACAAUUGAAUUCCUCUAAGCCCUUUCUCAAGAGCAACCUCCCAUCCCAUCCAUUUUAUUGCUGGAUAAUAUUCCAAACUUCUAAAAUCAAUGUCUUCACUAAAAGUGUGACUAUAACUCCGGCCUGAAAUAGCAUUCUGAGGACAUUUAGGACCUUUGAAUACAGACUGAGCUUUAGAUGAAGUCACCAAGUCAUGAAGUCCAAGCCAAGGAGAGCGAAACAGUGAGGGAGGGCACAGAGCAUCAUCUUUCCCUUGCAUCUGCGCGGAGCCGGAUGAGGGCACAUGGGUUAGAUUAUAACACUCCGUGUACUUCCUCACAGAUUCCUAAUUUCCAUACUUUUUCAUAAAUGUGAGGUAAUUGAAAGGAGUGCCAAAUCAAAUGAAGAGCGAACAGAGAGAGAUGAGGGUGAUCAAGAUUUUUGGCAAACUAAUCAAAAAGAAGUACAAGAAAGAGUAGCCAACGGCGUAAAAUCCUACAGAAAAAAAAAUCAAGAAAAAAUACAAUAUGUACUUACUUAAUGAGGGAGUGGGGACAGUACGAAGUGAUUGUGACAACAAGAAAGGCCAUUAACUGACAGAGAGGUGUUAAAUAUCAUAGAACUGAGGUCAGUAAUCCUGAGUCCAUGCCCAUGAGUCAAACCUACUGUGAAAGUCAUUGGUCGUUAGAACAGUUUUUUUCAAUGCUAUUCUCUCUGAAGAGGUGGAGAAGAACUGCUGACCUGUGAACUCAGAUUCACCCUCAAACCCCCCAAAUCAGGGGAAAGUGUAGGCCAAGGAAAUCUACUUACCCUGCCUGUGGGAUCUGGGCCUGGUUAAAAGUGUACUUGACUUAGCAAACCUCCAUAUGAACAGCUCCUUCUAGAAUAAAAUGUGCUACUUUCUCCUCUGGUUUCCAAAUCCCUUGUCUGUAGGCCAGCAGAGCCAUCAGAUGAUGGUGGUACCCAGAAAUCCCUCAAUCAGCAUCCUGGGGACUCAUUCUGGGAAGCAGGUGGAUCCUCUGUUCAGGGUGCAUAGCCAGGGACCAUGCUGAUGUGGGCCAGUCCUAUCCCAAUCCACUGCAGCUCCACUUCCUGUUCCCCUCUUGCUGGGACCAGCAUGGGUGUUUGUUGUACUCAAGCUAUGCCCUUCUCUGAGUCACUCCAUAUUUUGUAAAACCAUGAUUUUUCAUUUUUCAGGCUUGCUCAGAUAGAUUCUGUCUUAGAAACAACCUUUGGCUCCAGGUCAAGGUAGGGGGAUGACCACGUCCCUGGGCAGAUAAGUAAACACCAUCUGUCUGGCACCACCCACACAGCACAGGCUAAUAAAUGGCAUUCCUUGGAGUAGACAGGGUGAAUUUACUGGGAUGAAUUGAGGCUGUACGGGCACACAGGUGUAAUUAAAAUCAUACCAGGAAAACAAAAUGUUCUAGGCACUUCUCUGUUGCUGUGUUAAAACACCACAGCCGAGGCAACUUAGAGAAGUUUAUUUGGGCUUAUGGUUGUGGAAGGAUAAGAGUCUAUGAUGGUGGAAUAUGUCAAAAAGCAGCCAAGCAUGAAGCAGACAACUGAGAACUCCAACUGGGUAGUGGUGGUGCAAAGCUUUGAUCCCUGAACUCAGGAGGCAGAGGCCAGUGGAUCUCUGUGAGUUUGAGGCAAGCCUGGUCCACAGAGCAAGUUUCAUGAUAGUCUAUACAAAGAAUCUCUUGUCUCAAAACAACAAGAAAGGAAGAAGGAGAGAGAGAGAGGUAGAGAGAGAGAGAGAGAAGAGAGAAGAAAGAGAAGGAAAGUAACUCACAUUUUGAACCUCAAAACUGAAUCAAAGAAAAUAUACUAGAAAUGACAUGAGGAAUUUAAUCUCAAUACCAAACCUCCAGCAAUAUACUCCCUCCAAAACGUUCGCAUCACCUGACCACCUCCACCUCCACCGCCAAACAGCACCAUUAACUACACCAAGUGUUCAAAUACCCAAACUAUAGGAAUAGUCCCAUUUCAGCCACCACAUCAUACUCAGUGUCCCCGUAGGCUCCUGGUCAUAUAAUACAAAAUGCAUUUCACCAAGCCUCAAAGGUCCUCACAGUCUUUCACAGUGUCUACUGUUUCAAAGUCCAAAGUCGCUUCUAAGACUCAAUAAAAAGCUAAUUACAUACUUCUAAUACAUGAUGGCACAGAAUAUUCAUUACCUUCUCCAAAGAGAGGAAUUGGGGUAGAGUAAGGAAAUACCUAGACCAAAACAAGACAGAAACCAGUAGGGGCAAGCAUUGGAUUCUAUAGUUCCAGAUCUCGUGUCUGAACAUUCAUUUCACAGGGCUUAGAUGUCUCAACCCCUGCAGCUUUGCUGACUUCAUCACUCAUCUCUCUCUUGGGCUGGUUCCACUUCCAGUAAGCUGCCCUCCUUGUCAGAUACCUCACAGCUCUGCCAUCGUCAACACCUUGUGGUCCUUUAGUAGUUUGAAUGAGGAUCGUCUACCAUAGUCUUGAGCAGUUGUACACUGGGUCCCCUGUUGGUGGUACUGUUUGGGAAGGAUUAUGAGGUGUGGCUUUGUUGGGGGAAAGUGUUGUUGGAAGUGGACAUUGAGAGUUUUUAAAAUCUCAUGCCAUUUCAAGUUUUCUGUCUCUGCUUUCAACUUUGUGUUUGAAGAUGUGAGUUCCCACCUUCUGUUCCAGGCAUCGUACCUGCUGUUUGCUACAUGUCUUCCUGCCAUGGCGGAAUCAUCCCUCUGGAACUAUAAGCCCAAAUAAACUGUCUCUUCUAUUAAUAGUGUUGGUCUUGAUGUUUAUCACAAUAAUAAAAAAGUAACCAAUA